GACUCCGAACAGGAAGAGGACGAAAAAAAUAACCGUCCGCGACGCCGAGUCGAACGGGACCCGCAUACACCAUGAACAGCAAAGGUCAAUAUCCAACGCAGCCAACCUACCCUGUGCAGCCUCCUGGGAAUCCAGUCUACCCUCAGACCUUGCAUCUUCCUCAGGCUCCACCCUAUACUGACGCUCCACCUGCCUACUCAGAGCUAUAUCGUCCGAGCUUUGUGCACCCAGGGGCUGCCACAGUCCCUACCAUGUCAGCUGCAUUUCCUGGCGCCUCUCUGUAUCUUCCCAUGGCCCAGUCUGUGGCUGUUGGGCCCUUAGGUUCCACAAUUCCCAUGGCUUAUUAUCCAGUUGGUCCCAUCUAUCCGCCUGGUUCAACAGUGCUGGUGGAAGGAGGGUAUGAUGCAGGUGCCAGAUUUGGAGCUGGGGCUACUGCUGGCAACAUUCCUCCUCCGCCUCCUGGAUGCCCUCCCAAUGCUGCUCAGCUUGCAGUCAUGCAGGGAGCCAAUGUCCUUGUAACUCAGCGGAAGGGAAACUUCUUCAUGGGUGGCUCAGAUGGUGGCUACACCAUCUGGUGAGGAACCAACGCCGCCUCUGUGCCGGG